CCACCUCACAAGUCCAUUCUCGCAGACCACAUACCUCUCUCGAGAACCCCACCUACCAAAUUCUUGUCAAUUCGAAUCCCCCCUCAAUACUUUAUCGCAAUGCCAGCUUUAGUCGAAGAUGUUAAGCCGCAAGGAAGACUGCUACUCGUCUCCAACAGACUUCCAAUCACCAUCAAGCGCUCUGAUGAUGGCACAUAUGCGUUUUCCAUGUCCUCUGGUGGACUGGUCACAGGUCUAAGCGGACUAUCUAAAACUACCACCUUUCAAUGGUACGGAUGGCCGGGAUUGGAGGUGCCAGAGACAGAGGUUGCGCCGCUGCAGAAACGAUUGAAGGACGAAUAUGGGGCGAUACCAGUUUUCAUAGAAGACGAGUUGGCAGAUAGACAUUACAAUGGCUUCUCUAAUUCUAUCCUCUGGCCCCUUUUCCACUACCAUCCUGGAGAGAUUACAUUCGACGAGUCGGCAUGGGCAGCCUACAAGGACGUUAACCGUCUGUUUGCGAAGACAAUAGCGAAAGACGUACAAGAUGGAGAUUUGAUCUGGGUCCACGACUACCAUCUAAUGCUCCUCCCAGAGAUGCUGCGAGAGGAAAUUGGCAACAGCAAGAAGAAUGUCAAGAUUGGCUUCUUUCUCCAUACGCCAUUCCCAAGUAGUGAGAUCUAUAGAAUUCUUCCUGUUCGAGAGGAAUUGCUUCUUGGUGUACUUCACUGCGAUUUGAUUGGCUUCCAUACAUACGACUAUGCUAGACAUUUCUUGAGCAGUUGCUCUAGAAUAUUAGAAACAACUACGACCCCCAAUGGUGUUGAGUUCCGUGGAAAAUACGUCACUGUCGCGGCUUUCCCAAUUGGCAUUGACCCCGAGAAAUUCGUCGAUGGCCUCAAGAAGAAAGAAGUUCAAGACCGAAUCGCUGUCCUAGAACGUAAAUUCGAGGGAGUAAAGCUGAUCGUCGGGGUCGACCGUCUCGAUUAUAUCAAAGGAGUUCCCCAGAAGCUUCACGCACUCGAGGUAUUCCUUACAGAACACCCUGAAUGGGUAGGAAAAGUUGUGCUCGUCCAGGUAGCAGUACCCAGCCGAGAAGACGUCGAAGAGUACCAAAAUCUCCGAGCAGUCGUCAACGAGCUGGUAGGCAGGAUCAAUGGCCGCUUUGGCACCAUUGAGUUCAUGCCUAUCCAUUUCCUACACCAAUCUGUAGCAUUCGACGAGCUCACGGCUUUAUACGCCGUAUCCGAUGCCUGCUUGGUUUCAUCUACGCGUGAUGGCAUGAAUUUGGUCUCGUACGAAUACAUUGCCACGCAGAGAAAGAGACACGGAGUCAUGAUCCUGUCCGAGUUCACAGGCGCAGCUCAAUCACUGAACGGUGCUCUUAUCGUCAACCCCUGGAAUACAGAAGAGCUCGCAGGCGCCAUCCACGACGCAGUCACGAUGUCUCCAGAGCAACGAGAAAUCAAUUUCAAGAAGCUGGAGAAAUAUGUAUUCAAGUACACGAGCGCGUGGUGGGGCGAAUCAUUUGUGAGCGAGCUUGUUAGGAUCAGCGAGCAUGCGGAGAAAAAGCAGAAGCGAAGCGGUCACGGGCAAGAUUCAUGA